AUGAACCGAUUGAAGGAGGCUUUUAAGGGACUCACCUGUGGAUUUGCGCCGUAGAUGCCUUAUUUGACCAAAGCUUUGAUUCUACUUCUAUGUCUGCUCGUUAACGGGGAAUGCCGUAGACACCGGGUACGGAGAUGGACCGGUACAGUGGAGACCCAAAAGCAUGGCACCUCUUUAGCAAAGAAGCCUCCAGAUGUGACCAAGUCUCGCAAAUUGAAGACAGAACAUCUGCUCCAAGUAGAUGAUCAUGACUUCACUAUGAGGCCGGCGUUUGGAGGUCCUGCCAUCCCAGUUGGAGUAGAUGUUCAGGUGGAGAGUUUGGACAGCAUCUCUGAAGUUGAUAUGGACUUCACCAUGACUCUGUAUCUGAGGCACUACUGGAAGGACGAGCGCCUGUCGUUCACCAGCAGCACCAACAAGAGCAUGACGUUUGACGGUCGUCUGGUGAAGAAGAUCUGGGUUCCCGAUGUCUUCUUUGUCCACUCUAAGAGGUCCUUCAUCCAUGACACCACCACAGACAACAUCAUGCUGCGUGUCUUUCCUGAUGGACACGUCCUCUACAGUCUGAGAGUGACGGUGACGGCAGCCUGUAACAUGGACUUCAGCCGCUUUCCUCUGGACUCUCAGACCUGUUCACUGGAGCUGGAGAGCUAUGCCUACACAGAUGAAGACCUGAUGCUCUACUGGAAGAGCGGAGAUGAGUCCCUCAGCACUGACGAUCGCAUUUCCUUAUCCCAGUUCCUCAUUCAGAAGUUCCACACCACAUCUCGCUUGGCCUUCUACAGCAGCACAGGCUGGUACAAUCGUCUGUACAUCAACUUCACCCUGCGACGCCACAUCUUCUUCUUCCUGUUACAGACGUAUUUCCCUGCCACCCUCAUGGUGAUGCUUUCCUGGGUGUCAUUCUGGAUCGACCGUCGGGCGGUGCCGGCCAGAGUUUCCCUGGGCAUCACCACUGUGCUGACUAUGUCCACCAUCAUUACCGGUGUGAAUGCAUCCAUGCCUCGGGUGUCCUACAUCAAGGCGGUAGACAUUUACCUCUGGGUCAGCUUCGUUUUUGUCUUCUUGUCUGUAUUGGAGUACGCUGCUGUCAACUACCUUUCCACCGUUCAGGACCGCCGGGAGCGUAAGAUGAGAGAGAGGGCACGAUCACAGUCAUUGCCCUGCACCUGUGGGAUCUCUGGGACAAGAACCAUGACCAUGUUGGACGGCACCUACAGCGAGGCCGAUACCAACAGCCUGGCCGGCUACACCGAGGAGCCCAUGGUGCCAGAGGAGGAGCAGGAAGAGAUGCACGAGGUUCCAGAGAAACCUGAACACAUGGUGGUCCAUCUGUCUGUCAGCAGUGAGUCCACCACCACCAAGAAAAAGAAGAGCCUGCGUGCCCUUAACAUCAUCCAGAACACGCAUGCCAUUGACAAAUACUCCCGGAUGAUUUUCCCUGGUUCAUACAUCUUUUUCAACCUUAUCUAUUGGUCCGUCUACUGCUGA